AUGUUUAUUCGUUCUGUCAAACGCAAUAGGCAACUACGAAGGCUAGCCACUGUAUCCCUGAUAUCAGCCGUCCUAUUCCUUUUCUUUUUCCAAUCCUCAGCACGACCACCGAUAUCCAGCAUGCGACGACCCUCCCAUAUGGGUAGUGACGCAGCGUAUCAAGAGUAUGAACAACAACAAUCACACAUGGAACGAUAUCAGCAUGACAAGUACGACAAAUCUAUUAGCCAACAACAACGUAGCGGUGGAAACGAUGAUGAUGUACAGCAACAGCAGCAAAUUGACGUGACUCUGCCACGUGAGUUUGUCCUCGAGUCCAUUCGCCGUAUCCGACACAAUGAUAAGAAGGAAAAGUUACAAGAAGUGAUGGAUAGCAAAAAGUCGACGUCAUUACCUGUCAAAUCGAAUCCUGGCAACAACAAUCACAAUACCACCGACGGCGUUCCUGAAGAUAGCGUCUACAGAAAGGAUUCGGAUAAUGAUUAUCUACCACUGGGUGAUGGUCGAAGCCCUGACGAAAAGUUUAUCUCCUUUUACCCACAUUCUGGAUUCCACAAUCAACGCAUCGCUCUUGUCAAUGCUCUCAUGUUGGCUGAGCGCUUGAAUCGGACAUUGCUCAUGCCCCCUGUGGUCCUUGGCGAGCCCAUUCACUGGCGUAAAUACGAUUCACUCGAGUCAUUCCACCGUCGAGGCACCAAGGCGCGUAUUGCGGACGAGUGUCGUGCAUUUUUGCUGGGUCAUGGUGAACAAGAAGAGGUGCCUGAAAAAUGCAAGCAAUCAUUCCGCUAUACAUCGCUCCGCUGGGAUCGCCUCUUUGACCUUCGACGCAUCAAGCAACGUAUCAACAUACGGUAUCGUGAUGACUAUGAUCGCUCUUAUUUGCAACGCAAGUAUGGCAUUACCAAUGAUGACACGUAUCAUAUCAAGGACGAGCUGUUGUACGAUUACCGGAUAUCGGACACUGAGAACCAACCAUUGCAAAAGUAUCAAAGGGAGAUUUUCAUAUGGGACUUGGCACGACGCAAGGAACGCCUUUUAAGCUUUGGAUCAUUGUUUGGUACUGGACGUGUCAUGUACACCAGUCAAGAAAGCAAGGACUUGCGUGAUUUCUUGUUUCAGCAAUUUGUAUUUUCUCGCCAAGCCCUUCCAGAGUUAUUCGAAGAAGCGGAUCGCAUCAUGCAUCGUUUGGGUGGUCCUCGUUCCUAUGUGUCGAUUCAUGCUCGUGUUGGAGAUAGUAUCUUUGAACGCUUCUCACCUCAAGUCAUGGGUAAACUAUGGUCUGAUUUGCAAAAGUACUUGCCUUUGGUCGCGCAUAAUGAGCAUGAGCAACAACAGCAGUAUGCUAUGGGCCAAGAUCAUUUACAAUGCUUGAACGAGGAUAUUGGCGAGAAAAAGGAAGCUGUGGAUUGGAAUACAAUGACCACCCCUCGUCAUCCAUUAGUGCUUUUCAUGGCCACCGAUGCACCUGAUCCUCGCGAACACCCACUUAUUCAGCCAAUCUUUGAUGCAUUUCCUUGUGUUGUCACCCUUCGGGACCUUUUCGACUUUAAGCAAUCCAAGCUGGCUACACUCAUCAACCCUGAAGAUGGUAUCCAAUAUGGCAAGUAUCUGGUACCUUUCCUUGAUGGCCUCAUUGCAAGUCGUGCUCAGGAGUUUACUGGAUCCAUGUGGAGCACGUUUAGUGCAUAUAUCCGUUUUCUUCAUCAAGAAUACAAUUAUUUAUAG